AAACAUUCCAACACCUUCAACGUCAAUAAACAAACUAUACACUAUAACAAUCUAAACUCAAUGAUCUGCUUCCGCCUGCAUCGGCACUUUUACCGGCUCUCGUACCAAAAUCCCCCAUUCAGCAGCCCGGAAUUAUCUCUCAAACCCCAUCAUCAUCCUCUUUUAAGCCAAGGCCCGAUAUCCUCCCCAAGUGCCGAAACUUCCACAUGCGGCAACUGCAACGAAAAAAGCACCCUUGCCUUCCAUUACAUGCGUAAAAUUCAUAUUUUCUUUUUCUUUAAAUACCAUAACGGAAGGACUUAGCUGGCUUUCCGAGUUCCCCGGCGGUGCGCUCCGACCGACGUUGGGAAUAACGGGCCGCAGACCCGUAUUUCCCGAUUCGUCCACAAGUGCUAUGUCCCAGGCUGUCGGGUUCGCUCCUCUAAGCCCAUCAUCAUACAUGAGAAUCGUAAGGAGAAAUGUCCCUCUCAGCUGAGAUUAUAAAGAUAAGACGAUUCACAACAUCAUGUCACUUUGCAUAAAACAUGUGAACUUUGAUCACUUCUAAUAUAUUAUUCAUCGCACCACGUGUUUUCUCUUCUUAUCUCUCUUCUCCCGGAAGCACCGGUGUCGUCUUCCGCUCUCACGGUCCGUAUAUACCGGCAUCCAGUCUCCCCCGUCUUCUCAUCUCUGAAAUCAAACCAAAGUUCCCUAUUGGGGUUAUUCACCGGCCUGUUCAGCCGGUCCGUCUAAAUACAGAGGUCAACCCUGCUGCGGGGCUAUCUCUGCUACUGCUUAUUAGUGAGCGGAUGCCUAUCUCGACGGAUGCACAUUGAAUCCUUGUUCCCUGCGAUCGCGAGCUUAAGUCAACCGAUUGUGCUUUUUUGCUUAUCCCGUUCGCCUCAUGUUACUUGGCUGCAGAUGACCUUAUGUGCCGCUCGCAUACGUUGCUUGCAGAUGGGAUGGUAUAAGGGAGGCUGCUAUCACGUUUUGGGUUCUCGUUGAUACACACUCUUCUUUUCGUACCUCGGUUCCACUUGCCUGUGCUGUCUUUGUUCAACUUUGUAUAUCAGACGUGAAGCACGGCGUAGCAAGACAACACCAUACGUGACGAUUCUGACAUUUGUGGUAGCACAAUGAACGACUCAAACACCCCUUCUACUCCCGAUACGGAGUACUCUCCUCCAUGUAGUCCCCAGCAAAAGAUUCAGCAUCUGAGAGAUACUCGCUCUGCAGCAAGAGAGAAGCUGGCAAGGCUGACGCUGGUGGAAAAGGCAUGAGUUGUUGGUUCUUUGAGUGGUCAUACACUAACCCUUCUAGGUCUCACUCCUCACAGCCGCAGACUUUUGGAGAACAAAAGCUAUUCCUGAGAAGGGAAUCCCUUCAAUCAAGACAACUGAUGGUCCCAAUGGCGCUCGCGGUGGUAUCUUUGUUGGCGGCACCAAGGUCAGUGAUAUUCCUCCAACAUCACAAACAUAACUGAAACAGAAUAUGUAGGCCGCAUUGUUCCCCUGUGGUAUCUCACUCGCAGCAACAUGGAACAAAGAUCUUCUCUACCAAGUCGGACAGCAUCUAGCGCUCGAAGUUCGAGCUCGAUCAGCAGAAAUGCUUCUCGCUCCAACAGUCUGCAUGCACCGCCAUCCUCUCGGCGGUCGAAACUUCGAGUCUUUCUCCGAAGACCCCUUUCUCACUGGAAAAUUGGCUGCACAGUACAUCAAGGGUCUUCAAGACAGAGGCGUUGCGGCGACCAUCAAGCGUAAACACCAUUAAUGGCAUAAUUUGGGGCGAGUGUGCUGACAUGGCCAUAGAUUUUGUUGGAAAUGAGCAAGAGACCAACAGGUUGACGAUAGAUUCGCUCAUCACUGAACGUCCUCUUCGAGAAAUUUACCUGAAACCAUUUGAGAUUGCUGUUCGAGAGGCUAACCCCUGGGCUGUCAUGACUUCGUACAACCUCAUCAACGGCGUCCACGCUGAUCUGAACAAGCACACAUUGAAAGACAUCCUCCGAGGAGAGUGGGGAUACGAGGGAACCGUGGUUUCCGACUGGGGAGGCAUCAACUCAUCAAUCGAGUCCGUGGAAGCAGGAUGCGAUAUCGAAUUCCCCUACUCCUCAAAAUGGCGUCUGGACAAGCUCGUCACAGCCGUCAAUGAGGGUCGCAUUUCCAUCGAGGACAUUAACCAAGCAGCUGAGAACGUACUUACGCUCGUAGAACGACUCAAGGGAGGUGAUAUGUCGCCCGAGGCGCCCGAGCGGGAAGAUGACCGCGAGGAAACCAGGGAACUCAUCCGAAUUGCUGGCCAUGAAGGUCUCACGCUUCUCAAGAACGACGGUGGCAUCCUUCCUUUGUGUCCCAAAUCUACCAAGGUCGCUGUUAUUGGACCGAACGCGAAUCGACAUAUUGCGGGUGGUGGUGGAAGUGCAAGUCUGAACCCGUACUACAACACCAUUCCACUUGACAGCAUCCGAAAGGUAUCCAAGCAGAAAGUCUCGUUCGCCCAAGGUUGUCAUAUCCACAAGUGGCUUCCCGUCGCAUCUGAGUACUGCACGGAACAGUCGGGCAAGCCAGGGGUUCACAUCGACUGGUAUGCGGGUGACAAGUUUGAGGGCAACCCAGUAGUGAAGCAACGCCGAACGAACACAGAUCUCUUCCUCUGGGACUCAGCACCCCUGAGCGAAGUCGGUCCUGAAUGGUCUGCCGUGGCCACGACGUAUCUCAUGCCGAGGACAACAGGAAAACACACCAUCAGCUUCAUGAGCGUUGGACCCGGAAAGCUCUUCAUAAAUGACAAGUUGGUUCUCGAUCUAUGGGACUGGACCGAAGAAGGCGAGGCGAUGUUUGAUGGGUCGAUCGACUACCUCGUUGAUGUCGAUAUGGAAGCCGACAAAGCUGUUGAGCUUCGCGUGGAGAUGACGAAUGAACUGCGUCCCAUUUCGAAGCAGAAGCAGUUCGGCAUUACGCACAAAUACGGCGGUUGUCGCAUCGGAUAUAAGGAGCAAGAUCAGGUGGAUUAUAUCCAGCAAGCGGUCCAGACAGCUCGUGACGCAGAUGUCGCUGUUGUUAUUGUUGGAGUUGAUGCUGAGUGGGAGUCUGAGGGGUAUGAUCGUCAGACAUUGGAUCUUCCUGCCGAUGGAAACCAGGACAGGCUUAUCGAAGCUGUCGUCAAGGCUAACCCAAAGACCGUUGUCAUCAACCAAUCUGGUAGCCCGGUGCAUAUGCCAUGGGUCGAUCGAGUGCCUGUGAUUCUUCAGGGAUGGUACCAAGGGCAAGAAGCGGGCAAUGCUCUGGCGGAUGUCCUCUUCGGUAUUGAGAACCCGAGUGGCAAGCUCCCAAGUACGUUCCCCAAGCGCAUCGAGCAUACCCCAGCGUGGCACACAUGGCCCGGCGAGAACCACAAAGUACUAUACGGCGAAGGCCUCUACAUCGGAUACCGACACUACGACCAUGCCAAGAUCGAGCCGCUCUUCCCCUUCGGCCAUGGCCUCUCCUACACAACCUUCGAAUACGGCCGGCCCGAGAUCUCAACGAAAACCCUGACUCCUGAUGGCGAGAUCAAGAUCACCCUCGCCAUCUCCAACAUCGGGGCCCGCGCUGGUGCAGAAAUCGUGCAGCUCUACGUCCACGAUGAGAAGAGUCGAUUGCCACGACCUGAAAAGGAACUUGUGGCGUUUGAGAAGGUGUUCCUUGAAGCUGAGGAGACAAGGCAUAUCACCAUCAAGUUGGAUAAGUACGCUGUCGGGUAUUAUGACGAGACUGUUCCUGGAUGGAUCGCUGAGGAGGGCGCUUUCAAAGUGCUGAUUGGAGCGUCGAGUACGGAUAUCAGGCAAUCGACGAGGUUCAAUGUGAAGGAAUCAUUUACUUGGGUGUUUUGAAGAGAUAACGGGGGAGCAUGAUUCGUAAGGAAUCCGACGAUGGAAGAGAAUCGAGAUGGUACCAGCUAUUCUUCCAGUCUAGGCGUCGAGAUACCGUGAGCAGAUUUCUAAGAAAAUGUUGUCGCACAUUUGUGAAGCUUCUGUCGUCCGAUUGUAAACUGUCCCUAAGUCCGCAUCAGAUCACUGUCCAAGCGUCCCCUACCAAAGUCAC